AUGAAUGACUCAGCCAUGCAACAGAAUGACAGUGCACAGACCCUGGCACCAGAGGUUUGUGAGCAGGUGCUGGAGGAUAAUGCAGGACUGGGUUACGGUGGCUCUACUGGUAACCUGUCGCUGCGGUGCUGGCUGUAUUUCUUAAGCAAGGAAUCUAUCCUGGAACUACAGGGCGAUGGCUCCAGCAUCACAGUGCGUGUGAUGAUAGCUCUGGUGUACUCCGUCGUGUGUGCACUGGGGCUAGUGGGGAACUCUCUGGCACUCUACCUGCUUCACUCACGCCACAGUCAGAAGCAGUCUUCCAUCAACUGCUUUGUAAUGGGCUUGGCUCUCACAGACCUACAGUUUGUUCUCACACUCCCUUUUUGGGCUAUUGACACGGCUCUGGACUUCCGCUGGCCCUUCGGCAAAGUAAUGUGUAAGAUCAUCAGCUCCGUGACCAUCAUGAACAUGUAUGCCAGCGUCUUCUUCCUGACUGCCAUGAGCGUGGCACGGUACUACGCGGUGACCACGGCCCUCAAGAUGCACAGCAGGCGGGCAGCGGCGGCUGGUGCCAAGUGGAUCAGCCUGGGCAUCUGGGUAGUGUCGCUGCUGGCCACCCUGCCCCAUGCCAUCUACUCCACCAGUGCCCAGCUGUACGAUGAGGAGCUGUGUUUGGUGCGAUUCUCUGAGUCGGGCAGCUGGGACCCUCAGCUGCUCCUGGGGCUGUACCAGCUACAGAAGGUACUGCUGGGCUUUGUCAUCCCCUUGGUGGUCAUCACUGUGUGUUACCUGCUGCUGCUGCGCUUCGUGCUGAGCCAACGCAUCAGCGGAGCGACCUGCUCGGAGGGCUCAGAGGGCCGCCACAAGCACCGGUCCAAAGUCACCAAGUCGGUGGCCAUCGUGGUGCUGUCCUUUUUUCUGUGCUGGCUGCCCAACCAGGCGCUGACGCUGUGGGGCGCGCUGAUUAAGUUUGACCUGGUGCACUUCAGCAACGCAUAUUACAACGCCCAGAACUACACCUUCCCGCUGACUGUGUGUCUGGCUCACACCAACAGCUGCCUCAACCCUGUGUUGUACUGCAUAAUUCGCCGUGAGUACCGCACAGGCCUCAAAGAGCUUCUGCUGCGCGCCACACCCUCCCCAAGGAGCCUGACCAACCUGCUGCCCCGCAAGGCCAAGGUGGCAGAGGCUCCCCCUGACAUGGUGCUGGUCCAGAUGGAUGUUUGA